UUUUGGCUCGUUCAAAAUGAUCUUUUGCCGUGGAUAAAUGGCAAAAAGGUAAUUAUAGAUUCGGCGUUUAUCUGAACCACACACACAGAGAGAACAGAUAGAUAUCGGACGAGAGAAGAACAUGAUAUAGAGAAUACACGUGGCCCAAUGAAAAAGCCACGCGGUCUGUCUUUAGCCAAUUGAAAUCUGCAUUUAGAUUCGCAUCCUACAAAACCUUACUUAUACGAUCACGCUUCCACACUGACAUUUCCAGACACCUCUCGUUCACAUCUUUUCUCUUUGUAGUAAAACAGAAAGGGAGAUAGAGAGAGGGAGAAGAAACAAUGGCGUCGAACUCGCUCAUGAGCUGCGGCAUCGCCGCCGUCUACCCUUCGCUUCUUUCUUCUUCAAAGUCUAAAUUCGUCUCAGCCGGAGUUCCGCUCCCCAACGCCGGUAACGUCGGCCGCAUCAGAAUGGCGGCUCACUGGAUGCCCGGCGAGCCACGACCAGCUUACCUCGACGGUUCUGCUCCUGGUGACUUUGGGUUUGACCCACUUGGACUUGGAGAGGUUCCAGAGAACCUUGAGAGAUACAAAGAAUCAGAGCUCAUCCACUGUAGAUGGGCUAUGCUCGCUGUUCCAGGGAUUUUGGUACCAGAGGCUUUGGGAUACGGAAACUGGGUAAAGGCUCAAGAAUGGGCAGCAGUACCUGGAGGACAAGCCACUUACUUGGGGAACCCUGUCCCUUGGGGUACUUUGCCCACAAUCUUGGCCAUAGAGUUCUUAGCUAUCGCAUUUGUCGAGCACCAGAGAAGUAUGGAGAAAGACCCUGAGAAAAAGAAGUACCCUGGAGGCGCUUUUGACCCUCUUGGAUACUCCAAAGACCCCAAGAAGUUCGAGGAGUUGAAAGUUAAAGAGAUCAAGAACGGACGGCUUGCGUUGUUGGCGUUUGUAGGCUUCUGUGUGCAACAAUCAGCCUACCCAGGAACAGGACCAUUGGAGAAUUUGGCUACUCACUUGGCUGAUCCAUGGCACAAAAACAUUGGCGAUAUUGUUAUCCCUUUCAACUAAGUGACUGUAAAAAAACAAGAAUAGUGAUAUUAUCCUAUGAGCUUUUUAUGUGUAUCAAAACUCUGUGUAAUGAAAGACAGAUUGUGAAACUUGUAUUUUGUCUCGGUGAUGGAUUUGCUCCUGUGAGCUUGAGUUCUAAGUGGUUGAACCUUUUGAAUCGGUGUACGAACCCAAACUUGGUCUAACUUGUGUAAUAUCCUGUCCCAAAAGUUGUCGACUUUGAGCUUUAGUAACUUCAUUACAGAGGAAUCAUUGUGUAGUUGUUAGUUCAUGACUUUUAGUUAGAUUUUUCAACUCCAUCCAGAUAUAACAUUCAUUAGAUUGAUGAAUGAACUUUCAAGUUUGUUUUCCUUUUACCAACUUAGAUAUUUUAUGAUACUGAACAGCUUGAGACACAUGUUUUUUUUACCUUUUCUACAUUUGACAGUACUGAAUAGAACAUUUAACGUUAAUUCCAAGCAUUCUCAAAGUGUUCGUCAACGCUAAUGUGAGUG